AUGACGACAGAAGCUGAAGCUCAAACGAAGACUCUCUACCGGGCGUAUAUCCAGCCAGCUGUUGGAGAAUUAAUUGGAACUGCUCUGUUCGUACUAUUUGUGAACUUGGCAAGUGCACCGUCGGCUGUUAGAACUGCUUCCUAUCCACUGAUAUCAGGCUUAUCCCUCUUUGUCAUACAAAGAUUCUUUGGCAGUAUUACUCCUGGACAUUUCAAUCCAGUGGUAUAUUAUGUGGUCAUCGUAGCGCAGUGGUUCAAAAUUUGUCAGUCGAGGUGUGCUUACGCUGAUGUGGAGUCAUUCAAAUUAAACUAUCCUAUGGAGCGAGGAGUGUGGAAGCCUGUUAUUGGACAUAGAAGGUGGAUGGAUUUUUUGGCUUUAUUGAAACUCAUAUUGUCUAAUCGACUAAUUGACGUCCUUAUCCAAAAUGCGUUGUUCUUUCUGGAUCCAGCUGUCUCAAUCUCUCUGUUCCUCACUAGACGAUUCGAUGUUGUCAGCACAGCUACCUUCGUCGUUGUGCAACUCUUUGGCGCAUUUUUGGGAGCGAUACUAUUUCGUGCAUUGGUGUCGGAUGUGAUUUUCGAGGAUUAUUUCAUUGGCACCUAUGUGAUAACAGGCGACGAACGUGAUGCCAUCACCAGAUCGCAGGUAAUCAAUCUUAAAGGCUUUCAUUGA